AUUAUUCAUCCGUUGCCGUGCGCCGACCGUGGAUCCCUUAAUUACAAUAGCCGAAUCUCUCGUUCAAAGUGAAUGGGUCCGGUUAAGCAAAUUCUGCUUGCAAAAUCUCCUUCUAAGGGCUUCAUCGGCAAGGGCAUGACAAUUAGUUAUGAACCAAUAACCAGGCAGCAAGAACCAUGGCAUAAAUCAAAGAGCUUGGUGUCUCUCUUUAUAUUGUCGUGCCCAUCUUCCAAGUGCGCGUCUCUCUGGAAUCCUCUGCUGCAUGGAAGGAGAGGGAGCAGUUGAAGCAGCGGAAGAUGUUCCCGCGGCGAAUGGAGAGGAACCGACUCGACCCUCCGCCGAAUCCGUCGUCCAGGGGAACCCCCUCCCCGGGACGCCUCAAAACCUCGGGGAUCCUUCGGAUCCCAAACCCCCUUUAGACCGCAACGAGAUCUUUAGGGCCCUGGAAGUCGUGGAGAGGGACUCCACGGCCAUCGCCGAGAGCUUCGCUUCUCUCUUCUCCUCCCUCCGCUUGGCUUUAUCCGAGGUCACUAGUACUUCAGCUGAGAACAUGCAGUGCUUCAGUGAAGUUGUUGGCCGCUUGCAAGAGUCUGCUCUUGAUGCAGCAAGCAAGGGAAACCGAUACAUAAAUUCAUGCCUGAGAUUGAAUGAAGAACUGAAGAGCCUGGAAACUCUUUCUAUGCAACUAAAGAUAUUGAGGAAGAAUGUGGAUUCUCUGGACCUAGCUGUGCACCGGUUGCUUCGUCUUCCAUGACCAUUGGACAUCCCCAGCUGGCACUUUCAAGAUGCGUGUGUUCGCUGCAGGAGGCGAGAAAGAGGUUCUGAUUGAAUAUCGACGAGGAUUCAGGCAAUAGAAACCCAUGGCAGCGGCUGGUGACAUAUAGAACCAAUAGCAAUACAAAGUUCAGGUAGCAAAACUCAUGGAGAGAGUUGGAAGUCUGUUACAUACUCUGCGCAGAAGCUUUAGUGUUCCAAAAUCAUUAAAUGGGUUAAGCAGUUUUGUAGGAGAUUAGUCAUUCUGUUGUUUAUUUAUUCUUCCUUGGUAAGUUUGUGCAAACAUAGAAGGUUUUCAUGACUAGUUGUAUUGGAUAAUUUAAACAAGAAGUUAUCAGGAAGAGAUGAAAGUUAACAAAAUGGAGUAAAA